GGUGGUCAAAUAGGGAACACGACUUUGUGAUAAAGCAACACUAAACUCUGGGGUUUUGCUUCUCAUCUCCGCCGUGUGUACAAAGUUUGCUAAGAAAAAAAAUCACUUGUCUCUAACUUUAUCCAGUUUUUAAAAAAAAACAAAACAAAAACAGUGCAUUUUAUUGAUCCACUCAAUUUUCAAUUGGAAUAUAUUCUGUGUAUCAUUAAUUCGACUGAGUCUAUUGUGUCUGCUGAAUCUAUAUUUAUACAGAACACCUUUUAAUCCCAUUAGAAGUUAAUAUGUCGGACGCCUGAUCUCACCGCUGCUCGCUAGGCGGCGAGAACAAUCUACAGUCCGCUACAUUCACAAGAGAAGAAGAAGAAGAAUCACUCGACCAGGCACUGUCAUGGCGGCCUCCGCUGCAGCCCGGGCGACCAUCGGACUGUCUUUAAGACUGGCUAAAGUCGCACCUCAAUGCCGCGUUUGUCCGUUUAACCGGUUAAACAUUUGCAACGGUGCCACGAUAGCAAAGCCGAGUCGCCGUUUCUCAGCACCGAGCAGACAGUUACAGACUUCUAUAAGUCGGCACCAGAUUGACGAGGGCGGUUCAACGGUAGAAGAGCCAGAUGAGGAUGUCAUUAAUGUGGUGUUUAUUGACCGUUCUGGACAGAGGAUACCGGUGAAGGCAAAAGUAGGAGACAACGUUCUGUAUCUAGCGCACAGACAUGGCGUCAGUCUUGAAGGGGCCUGUGAGGCAUCAUUGGCUUGCUCCACGUGUCACGUUUAUGUCAAUUUUGAGUACUUUGAUAAGCUUCCUGAGCCUGAAGAAAGUGAGGAUGACAUGCUGGACAUGGCCCCAAUGCUGGCGGAGAACUCCCGUCUUGGUUGCCAGAUCAUUUUGACUCCCGAGCUGGACGGCAUAGAGCUGACUCUUCCAAAGAUCACGCGGAACUUCUAUGUUGAUGGUCACAAGCCCCAACAUCACUAAGAAAAAUCAGGUUGAAGUAAAGGCUGCUCAAACGUGUGAAACUUCUUAUGAGGAGGACUGAGACUCUCACGUUUAAAGAACGGAGGCGCAGUGUGGAGAACAUCACAACAUCAAUCUGAUAUUUCUCUUUCCAAGUGUUUCCAGACACUCCACCCAUAUAUCUGGUAAAUCUGGAUCAAGAAAAGCACUUGGUCCUUUUUACCAGGAACAUAGAAAUGCCUUUUGAAACUGGUUAAACAGCUUGAAUGGGAAGUUUUAGAGCCACCACAGAGUAUUGAAAUUCUCUUGCAUUAUUGUACAAAUUCCAAAGAUAGCGAAGGUGACAUUUUUUUGUUACGCACAUAAACCAGAUGCACAAUUUUUGUAUUUCCUUAUACAUGUGUGGAAAAAUGAAAUAGAUCACAAGAUAAAAGUUGGUCUAGCAUUCAUUUGUUUUGUUUUUUUUAGUAUGUUUUAUUUUUAUUCUUUUUUUUUUUUUUAAACCAAUGUGUUAAUUUGCAUUCAUCUUUCUCAAGGGCUAAAAAUUUAUCAGAAUAAGAAUCAGAAUCAGA